AUGCCAGUGGGAUCCAAACCCGCUGCCGAAGGGUUGCGGGAACGGCACAAGGCGGGUUCCGUCGGUAACUCCCGCGAAAAAGAGGACUCAACCCCUAAAUUCAACGAAUCGAACGAAUCAAAACAAGUGCACGCUCAAGUGGCAGCAGCACAAGUCGGCGAUGUUCUCAGUUUGCUGCUACUUUUUCGUUUCAUCAACGCUCUCUGCGUGCGCACUUUCUUCCAACCUGAUGAAUAUUUCCAAGCACUCGAACCGGCAUGGAGCAUUGCGUUUGGGACCGACAGCGGUGCCUGGAUGACCUGGGAAUGGCAAUACCAGCUCAGGUCAUCGCUACACCCGGCCAUUUUUGGCCUGGCGUACAAGGCUGUGGAGGCUGUCAUGAGCUUUCUGCACCUGUUCCCGCCAUUCAUAGCCUUCAUACUUGUGGCCCUACCCGGGGCACUGCAGGCCGUGUUUGCUGCCUUGGGUGACUUUUACACGUGGAAGCUAGCCAUGGACAUCUACGGCAGAGGGAGCAAUGCCCCGUGGGCUGCGUGGUACUGCUCCACGAGGACCUUCUCCAACUCCCUGGAGACAACCUUGACUAUCGCCGCUCUGUGCUACUGGCCCUGGGAAGUCCUCGGGGACUCAAAAGUGGAUAAGAAAGCGCAAGCACCUCUACAGGAGAGCGGGAGAGUGAUGAGCCUGCGUAUCUCGCUUGUAUUCGCAGCCAUCGCCGUGUUGCUCCGGCCGACCAACCUCCUGAUAUGGCUUGCCGUCCUGGGCAUUUCUCUGGCGCGGCUGGUCUUCGCCGGACAGUCACCCAUGCAGACAUCGACCCUGCUGGUGCUCUUCCGUGAGAUUGUCAUCUGCGGCACGGCGGUGUUGGUCGUCUCUCUCGUUUCUGAUCGCCUGUACUUUGGCUUUUGGACUUUUCCGCCGUACAACUGGCUCUACUUCAACAUCUCGCAGUCCCUGGCCGUUUUUUACGGCCAAAUGCCCUGGCACUACUAUCUCUCCCAGGGAGUCCCGCUGCUCACCACCACAUUCCUCCCGUUCACCCUUGUCGGGAUCCACAAGGCAACCUCUUCAUCCAAGAGCGCAACGGUCCUUCAAUCCGGCAUCCUCGGCACUCUGAAUACCGCUACCCUAACCAUGAUCAUGGUCCUGUCCCUCAUCUCUCACAAAGAAGUCCGCUUCAUUUAUCCUCUCUUACCGAUCCUACACAUACUCGCGGCGCCCUACAUCACCUCCUUUUUCACCAAACCUACCUCCGACACCUCAUCACCCACCCCCCAACCAACCCCCUUCACCCUCCGCCACAAACUCACCCUCACCAACCUCCUCUCCUUCAAUCUCCUCCUCGCCGGCUACCUCUCCCUCUUCCACCAACCCGCCCCCCUCUCCGUCCUCUCCUUCCUCCGCACCGACUUUGAGCGCCUCCACCCCGACGCCCUCGACCUAACAACAACAACCCCCCCAACCCAAAACCAAAACCAAAACCAAAACGAAACAAAAGAACUCUUCGCCCUCUUCCUCACCCCCUGCCACACCACUCCCUGGCGCUCCCACCUCGUCUACCCGGCCCUGCGCGCCCGCGCCCUCACCUGUGAGCCACCCCUGCACACCGCCCCCGGCACGACCGAGCGCGACACCUAUCUGGACGAGGCCGAUCGGUUUUAUUACCGUGAGGGUGGUGAGGGGGGUAGUGGUGGUGAUGGGGAUGGGGAUGGGGGGUAUGGGGUGGGGUUUUUGGGGCGGGAGGUGUGGCCUCUUCUUGGCGGUGAUGAUGGCGCUGGCGGUGGUGGUGGUGAGGAGGAGAAGGGGGGUGAGGCGGGGUGGGAAGGUGCCGCGGUAUAUUGUGGGGUUUGA